CAAACACUCGGCAGCCAUGUCUUUCUCCGGCGGGCAGUGCUUAGAAUACGACGGAAGGGCGUCCUUUGAAGGUGUCAGUGAUCCGGGCACUGGCGGUUUCGGACACGCCAUGGAUCCUCAAUCACAAACCUACUUGCAAUUGGUGCCUCUGGAAGCCUCCCCUCCUCUCUACGCCAUCAUACCCGGACAGUACCAAGUGCUCGGAGUCGCUUCCGUUUUGCACUGCGACGUCCCCCACGACCUCCAGCCCCAAGCCUCAAACUCCUCGCUUCCUAAGGGCUCGUCCUCAAGGAAGAAAAAUACUCUCAAGUGGUACGAACGGGGGCCUCAACCUGAGCCCAUCGACGAAGAACGCAGGCAACGAGCUCUCAAGGCGAAAGCGCACAGGCAGAGGUGCAAACAGAUGGAAGAACAGAUGGCACAAGAGGUGAGAGAGGUGAACAGCGACAUCACAAAUCUUCGCACAAAAAUUGAAAGGAAGAGACUCACAUGUGUGAGUCUGGAGAGAGCACUGGAUAUAGCUACCCAGCAUCACAACAUCGUCGAUUACAGUUACCUUUUCGAGGAUAAGGAAGACACCAUGAUACCUAAUAGUUAGAAUCAGCACUACAAGACUGUAUUCUGGUUUCUAGUGUUUUUUCUUCAUGAGCAUGGGUUUCUUUGUUGUUAUCUGUUAAGCAUAUAUUUGUUAAUUUAUAUAAUAUUCUAGAAGAUUGAAUGAAUGUAAUUAUGUUUAAAUGAUAUUUUAUAAAUAUAUUCAUAAAUUAUUUUU